AUGGGAAUUGACGGUGGGUUAUUGCAGCUCAUCACGGCAAAAGGGGGAAACGGAAAGAUGGAGUGUGCCGAGCCGCCGUCAUACCGCACACGCGUGGAGGCGUCUGUGGAGGUGGUGGCGUUGCUCGUGAAGCCCAUGCGCCUCCUCGGGGAGGUGCUGCGGGCGCUGCGUGGGUGCCUCUACAACAUGCGGGGGGUGCGGAAUGUGACGGAUGCCCCGCAGGCCUCCGUCGGUCCCGCUGAGGACUACAAACUGUUGCUGCUGGACCCCCAACUCAUCCCUCCCUCAUCUUUUUUAGCGACGGGCGCCUGCACGGCACCAACGCCACCCCGCUGGGUGGAGGGGAACGACGCGUCAUUGCCGUCCGUUGUGCGGGAGAGGCUGCAGACACUUUUGUGGAGCGAACCAUCCGUCGCAGAGUUUCUUCGGCUGGCUGUAGCCCCGCACAUUGUGCGUCUAAGCUACAAAAACUACACGAUGCCUGAGCUGCUGCAACGAAUUCUCCCACCGGGGACCGUUUUGCUCAGCGGCUUCGAGCAGGUGGGCCACAUCGCACACGUCAAUCUCUCCGCUGCCCACCUUCCGUACCGUGCAGACAUUGGCGCCGUCAUUUUGGACUGCAACCCCGCUGUGAGUAUCGUCGUGAACAAGGUGGACAGCAUCGCCAGCGUCUUUCGCGAGUUUAAGAUGGAAGUCAUUGCGCGGCGUUCCACCCACGUCGAAGUACAGGGAGCCACCACGACAGAGGGGAAAGAAAAACCCACGGUGGGGCACAAGGAGAGGCAGGGUGAGUGGGAAGGAGAAGAUUUGCACCGCUUGCUGCUGGCGACUGUGCGACAACACGGCUGCGUCUUCCGCGUUCCGUACGAUCGUGUAUAUUGGAAUUCUCGCCUUUGCCACGAGCACGCACGGGUGGUUGCCAUGAUGCAGAAAGGGGACGUCCUCUACGACGUCAUGGCAGGAGUUGGGCCCUUUGCCAUACCCGCUGCCAUGGCUGGCGUGAUAGUGUAUGCAAACGAUUUGAACCCUGUCGCGGCGGAGUACCUGCGCAUCAACGCGGAGCUCAACCACGUCGGCAAGGACGCCUUUCACGUAUUUAACUUGGAUGGCCGUGCUUUCGUGAACACAGUGCUCUACCGUGACGUGGUGCGUGGGACCGCACUGCGUGGACGACGCCACGUAACGAUGAAUCUGCCGGCAAUAGCCGUGGAGUUUUUGGACGUUUUCACCAAGCCACCCUGGUCGUUCGCAGCAUCGGCAUCACUGCCAUCAUUGAAGAAGACGGAGGGGGCUGAGGAAAACACGGAGGUAUCUGAAGAAGCGUCACACCUAGACAAGCGUGUGCUUUUUCAUGUGUACUGUUUUUCAAAGCAUGCAGAGGACUUUUUGGGCGACGCUGUCAGACAGGUGGAGCGGUGGUUGGCGUAUACGCUGCCGAAGGAAAGUCUGGAGGCGGUGCAUAUGGUGCGGGAUGUGGCGCCCGUGAAGCAUAUGGUUUGCGUGAGCUUCACCCUUCCGGAGGCGUUUUGGGCUCACCGCUACACGAGUGGAACGGUGUCACUCAAGCGGUCUCGCACGGACUGA